CGCCUAAGUUAUGCAACAAGGCUGUGGGUAGGGAAGAGCUUCGAGACCAGGCCACACUGCACACAAACUGUACACUGUACACCUUCUUCAAUCUUCUGCACAACGAGCCCGAUUGAUCCUUGCGUGUGCGCCAAGCUGACAGAGAGACGCGGAAUAGACGGCGCCUUUGGGAGACGCUACUGGGAAGCUUGUAGGCUGGUUCGGUCGACAGGAACGGAGGGGAAGGUUGGGUGAGCUGAGGCUAUUUAAAAGACCUGCAGCUGAAUACCGUCAUACACGACCGCCUCUCCUCUUGGCGAACCGCCCGCAAACUCCCUCCAAAAUACAAACACAAUGAACAACUUCGGCAAUGACAGCUUAGGGCCCCAAAUCCCACCCUCCGAUGCCUUCUCCCGCUCCACCUCCCCUGGCCUUGGCUGGGACGGCAGCAGCAGCGACUCCGAGCGCGAGCGCCGCUACCGACCACGCACAUUUCCCUACUUCAAGCUCCUGCCGUAUCCCGUCGAAGCCGAUACCGAGCGGAAUGUCGCCCUACAAGAGAUCCUCAAGCAGCUAUACACGGCGGUGCGGGCUGAGGACUUUGCGCCGGGCGCGGUGCACUGGACACGCGAGCUCAAGGGCUGGCUGGGGCUCAAGUUUGAGAUCACACGCGAGCUGCGCGUUAAGUUGGCCAACCUGUACUACAUGCUCAGCCUUGCGCCAGGCCUGGACCCAUCUUCCGCGGAGCGCUUCCUGACCAUGUUCCUCGUUCUCACCAAGAAGAAGCACUACCUCAAGCCCGGAAAGGACCUCACUCUAGACUGGCGGCCGCUGUGGAGUGAGAUCCGCAGCCUCGUGCUGCCGACCGAGACUGCGCCGCACCAGAACAUGAAGAGGCGGCCGUCAAGGCAUCUUGCACGCUUCUGUAUGCUGGCGCAGCUGUAUUUUGAUCCGCGAGAGCGGCAGGCGAUGUUUGAGGAGAUCUUCCCGUACUUCUCGACUUCUGAGGUGUCGGGGGCGUUUAUCGUUGGGGGUGUGCUGAAUGUGCUUAUGCCCACGACGGCGGCGCCGGAUGAGCCGGGACAGCUCCAACCGGCGGACUACCUACCAACCUUUUUUCACCUAUGGGCGCUGGUUAACAGGUCUAAAGUCUUCGACACUAUUUUCAUCGACCUCUUCUCCCGGCUUGCACGCGACAUUCUGGCCUGCGAGCAUGUCCCAUUUAGUGAGCAUGGUGUCUUCUCGAAGGCGCAAUCAGACCUCAUUUUCACCGCCAUCCUACGCCUGACCGAGAUCCCGGUCGGCCAAGCCUCCUCGCCGUACAGCGGCAACGUCGACCUCGGCGUCGGCGCGGCGAUAUACCUCGAGCGCGACAAGAGGAAGCACCCAAUUGCUUACACGGUAUCGCGAUGGAUCGUAAUGUCGCUGUCUCCGGCUUGUCUGGACGCCCCAGGAUCCAUCAUGGCGAAUCUUGAAGGUCUGAUCGAGUCGGUGGAUACGUUCUUCCACCCGUCGAACCAGGGUGGUUGGACAACGAUGCUAUCGCAGCUGACGUACUAUCUCGUGGACUUCUUCGUCAUGCGCUGGAACCGCGAGCGCAGCGGCGAGAUGGACACUCCACCCGAGCGCAGACUGAACGACGCACUGAAGCGCCGCUUCGUUCUGUGCCUCAAGGAGGUCACCUUCAUGGGAAUCUUUGCCAAGAGCUCCAAGUCGCUGAACCACUACCUCUCUGCCUUGCAGGGCCUUGCGUACCUGGAGCCUAGCGUCAUCCUCCCGGGCGCGCUACAGCGCUUUUACCCGUCUCUGCAGGGGCUGGUGGAGGUGCACCGCACGAGCUCGUCUUUGCGGGGCCUACAGAUGGUAGCUCCUAUUAUGGCAAGGGAGAAGGGCUUCCGCUGCCACCUCACCGCACUGCUGGCGCUCGCGCUGCCCGGCAUCGAUGCGAAUGAUCUGGAUAAGACUAUGAAUACUCUCACGUUCUUCCAGGCUGUCGCAUAUAGCAUCCCCUUUGUGGAUAUCACGCGGCCAGACGGCGGGAUACACGAUACCUCAUUAGCGAUUCAGUGGGUGCAGGGCGAAAUGGAGAAGAUGGAGAUUGAGGGCCAAGACGUGGUGUUGGACUACCAGGAAGGGCUCAGCGACGAGGACGAAGUGAACAUCCUGCGUAGCUCCACCGCGGGCUUUGCGGAGUUUGUGCGCGCUCUGCUGGGCAAGAUAUUCACGCUGCUUGAGAACUUGCCCGAUGCGGCGAGGGUCAGGAGCGGGUCACCGGAGGAGAAUGUUAUUAAUACGCUCCCCGCUGCACUAACGCCGCUGUUCGCUGCGAUGUCGCCAGAGGUCUUCGAAGUCGCGCUGGAGAAGUUGGCUGCGUUCGUAGGCGGACACGUCGUCCACCAGGCCCGCGAUGCCGUGGCCUUUAUGACCAACGCGAUGUGCAAGGCGAACCCGAAGCGGACGCUGCGCACCUUUGUACCGAUGCUCAUCGUCGGGAUCCGCAACGAGAUCGACCACAACGGCGCGGCGUCUGACCGCAGCAGCGGCACCGACGUGCUGCCGCGCGACCGCGCGCUCGUAUGGCACAUCAGCAUGCUCAGCAUGAUCAUCGUGCACGUCGGUGCCGACGUCAUGGACUACAAGACCGAGCUCUUUGACAUUGCGCUCUACAUGCAAGAGAAGUGCCGUGGGCUGCCUACAGUGCACAUCUCCAAUUACAUCCAUCACCUCCUCCUGAACUUGACGCUCACAUACCCCGUCGACAACGCGCUGUACGAGCCGAGUGUGAUCGCGCGCGGCGUUGAUGCGCAGGACUGGGGCCGCCAGACCCCGCUGUCGGAGCUAACCAUCAACUGGCAUCGCCCGUCCAAAGAGGAGAUCGCAUUCGCGGUCGAGCUGUUCGAGUCACAGGUUAAGACGGCCACUGAGAGGCUAACGGACCUGAUGAGCGACAAUCCGCCUGUGAGCCGCAGCGGAAAGGUCAAGGUCUGGUCCGAUGAGGUAUCGCGCAACCUGACUCAAUUACGCCUCGUCAUCUCGGGUCUUUCGGCACUGUUCGAUCCCAAGGAGGCGUCUGGGGAGCGCGGCGCGCAUAAGGCGAAUGGUGAGGGUGACGGGGAUCGCGAUCUGGAUAUGACGGAUGCGGAUGGGAACGAGGGUGAUGAAGACAAUAGUCUCCUUGCUGAAGGCGAUGAUGAUGAGACCCGCCCGCAGUUCCACUACCAGGCGGGCUACCUCCUGCAGCCUGACAGCCCAGAGUUCGUGCGAAUUCACGUGCUGCGCAGUGAAGUUGGACAGCUUCUGUCCCGCACGCAUGCCUUCCUCAACCAGCACCAGGAGGACGACGUCGCGUGCUUCACGGCGCUGUACAGCGCAUACAAAGUGUGGAUCACAGAUGUCGGGACGGAGCGCUCGGCGCACACUCUCGACCGCGUGAUUAAACUGUACAAUGCCGACAUCAACCCGUUCAAGGUCAGCGGCCUUCGCAAGAACUACCCGCGGCCGCUUCUCAUUAAGAGGGCCAGCGUAUACCAUCUCCAGCGCGUCAGGCAUAAUGCGUCGGGUCGGCAGAAGUGCGGCACGGAUAAGGUGAUGCUACUCGACCUUACUCAGUCUAGCAUGUCGCUUUACACAGAGGUCCGACGCAAUGCGCAGGCAGCCGCAGAGUCGGCGCUCAAGGUUCUCAUUGGUGGGCGUCCAUUGAUCAUACCGCCGCUCCUGAAGGCGUUCAAGGUUGCACUUGCGGCAAACGACCUCGAUCGCGUCAAGGGUGGGCUCUAUACCCUGCUCUUUGGAAGCCUGCUGAAGACUAUCUCGAAGGACUGGCGGGUUGCGCCGGAGAUGAUCAGGCUCUACCUUGAGGCAUGCGCCGUGGAUAAGGCGUCCAUCCAGAAACUGACGGGCGGCGCACUGUUCGCGCUGUUGGAGUUUGGAAGGCCGCUAGAGCGGAUGGUGAUAUUGGAUGAGGAUUUGCUGGCGGACAUUCAGCCGUCUGAGUCGGUGGUUGCAGCGAUCAACAGCAGGCGCGACUUCAUCGUCGAGCGCCGCGCGGCUGUCGAGGCGAAGAAGGCAGAGUUUGCGGAGGAGCUGGUUGAGGUGCUGAAGACGGCGCACUGGGCUGUUGCGAGCCGUUGCGUGCUGUUUGUCAAUAAUAUUGGACUGCGCUUUGAGACCAUCGCGCCAGACUCGUUCAUUGCCAUCUCGGCGCAGGGCGCCAUAGACACACAUCCCGGGCUCCGCGCUUGCUACUCGCAGGCCUUCACACGCAUCCUCUCGACCAUUGACCUCCGUGCCGUGUACGCGCACGAGUAUAAGAACUUCCUCCUGCAGAAGGAGACGGAGCCGAACAAGAUCGUCGUGCCUGUCGACCGCAGUGAUCCGAACCUGACGCAGAACUUCCUUGACAGCUUCGCCGACCCGGCGCUGCCAGAGUACUUUGUUGACAGUGACCACCCCGGCUGGCUCGUGUGGGGCAACAAGUUUAACGCCUUCACGGCACGCCCAGCGAAGCGCUUCGACGGGUAUGACGAGCUUGAGAUGACGACGCGGACACGCAUCGGCAAGCUGAUCACGCGCGAGUGGUAUGCGAAGUACUUCGCGUACCUAAAGCAAGAACCGCGAGACACGCGGUCGGACCAGUUCCGCAUGGCCAGCGUGACGUUGCUGAUGCACACGUUCGACCUUCUGUAUGACGGGCUGACGGCGGCGACGCUAGAGGACGUGAAGGAGGAAGUGGCGCGCGUGUUCGAGGACGGCAGUGACAAGCACCAGCACCGCGCGACGGCGGAGAUCGUGGGUGCGCUUGUCGCCGGCGUGAUGGACGAGCCGCUGGAGUUGCGCGACAAGAUCUGGGGCUACGCGGUGCCGAUUAUGCAGGGUGUGUUUGCGGAUGGGUUGACCCCAGAGAACAUUGCAUACUGGAUGACAUGUUUACAUCUGGUUACGAACUCGAAGGAUCCUCGGCGGUCAAGGGAGAUCGUGAAUCGUUUCGCGGCGUUCCGCCUCGACAUGACAUCCAAUGCGGCGUUCAAGGAGAGCUCGAAGAUCCAGCUGCUGGAGUUUACGAUCGCAGACGCCGGAUGGCAUUUCCGCCUCGAGAAGCCAAUCGUGCAGGACUUCCUCGACCACAUUGACCACCCGUACAAGAGCGUGCGCGAAGCAAUGGGCCGUACACUGGCAACCGUCUUCCGCACACGCUACUACGAAUCGUUCAAGGACGUGCCGUCACUUCUGGCAGCGAAUAAGGCUGCGUCGACAAUCGGUAUCGAGCCGUACGUUCCCACCGAUGAGUUCGCUAAAACUAUCACAGGCGUCUUCACGCAGCUCGCGACAUGGCGCACAGAGCGCACCCCAGGGCAACAAACACCGUCAUCGUACACCUCCGGCUCUAAAACCGCUAUGCUCUGGCUGGACACAACGCUCUGCUCAUACGAGUGCACGUCCCUCCUCCCCUUCUUCGCGGACACCUUCAUGGAAGAGCUCCUGCACAUGAUGGACGUCAAAGAAGACCCCGAACUCCAGCGCCUCGCCUACCACGUCUACCGCCACCUCCCCAACAUCCCCAUCCGCGGCAGCGACGCCGCCUUCAUCGACGCGCUAAUCCGCAUCGGGCGCUCCAGCACUUCCUGGCACCAGCGCCUGCGUACGCUGAUUAACAUGCAAGUCCUCUACUUCCGCCGUAUCUUCCUGAUUGCGCCAGCCCAGCAAUCCGCCCUGUUCGCAGCCGUCUCCGCUAUGCUGCAAGACACCCAACUCGAGGUCCGCAUAGGCGCCGCGACCACACUAGCGGGUAUGAUCCGCUGCUCGCCGCUCGCACUGCGGACCUCGGCCAUCACGGCGUUGAUUAAGGAGUUCUCGGAUCUCCUCGACGCGAACCCGAUGCCUCGCAAGCGACCCGGCAGGGAUACACCAGUCGACCAUGCGAAGCAGGUACUGAGGCGCCAUGCGGCGGUACUGGGGCUGGGAGCGCUGGUACAGGCGUUUCCGUAUGCGACGCCGCCGCCGGCGUGGAUGCCGGGGGUUUUGGCGAUGUUGGCGAGGAGGGCGGCGGCGGAUGCGGGGGCGGUGGGGAAGACGGUUAAGGGGGUGUUGGCGGAUUUUAAGAAGACGAGGCAGGAUACUUGGGGGACGGAUCAGAAGUACUUUACGCCUGAGCAGUUGGAGGAUCUGGAGGGCGUGUUGUGGAAGAGUUACUUCGCCUGAUCGACGAUUACUAGGAGAGGUAUGCAGGAUAUGAAUAGGUGUGGUGUGAACAGCAGACGUAUAAACAUGUCAUAUUUUGAUGCCCCUUUUUUCGCUUUGGGAAAGACAUAAAUUUUCAUGGAAUGGGAAAGAACACACGAGCUUGGCUGGAUGGCUGAAUGGGAGUGGGAAUAUAUACGAUAUGGCAUGGGAAGGAGCAGACUUUGGGGCUUGGAAACCGGCAUAGCAACACAUUGAUGGCUGGGGGGGAGCCAUAUAGCGGGCAUAUUUUCGUGGUUGUGUUCGUUUUGAGGGUUUUGUUGGCUGGAGUGGUGGGUGAGGGGGUAGAUAGAUGUAUAGAGGUUAUUGUUCUUUCUUAUGAGGGGAUGUGAUUUGGUGGUUUUGGUAGUUUUGGGGAGUGUAGUGAUUGUUGUGUUGAGGGCAUGAGGUACUAGUUGUAUGUCGCCUGACUGAUACAACGACUUCCUGUGCCGCUGUCAAGCGCUUUUUGGGGGGGUAAGCCCCGUUCAUAAACCUAGAAUACCACAUAGAACUCUACAUGGGAGAGGA